AUGGCUAAAAGUGUUGAAUCUCUUUUUACUUCUGAUUUUUGGCGAUAAGUGAAUCUAUAAUAUUUUAUGGUAGAAACACCAAUUUAAUUGAAUAUUUAGAAAAAAAUAUACAAAAAAUGUAGGUGUUAAUGUUAGUUUUAGCUUCUCAUUUUGUAAAUAUAUAAACUUAAGGAUUGAUAGAAAAAAUAUUGAAACCUUAAAAAAAAUAUAGAUCCUAAGUUUAGAAGUUAAAUGAAAGCAACUUUAAUCUACAAUUAAGUUUAUUGUUAAUGUAAAGAGAAUAAUCAUUCGAGCCAAUCUAAGAAUUAAUUGAUGAAAUGAUCGACAAGAUUUGUGAUUAAGAAUUAAGAGAAGGAUUAGAAUAAAACAAGAUGCUGCUUAAAAAUAUGAAUUUAUUACCUUAUGAAAAAUAAGUGGAAAUUUUAUAAUAAGAAGCAUCAAUCCUAUAAGACUUAUAAUAAAGAAUUGAUUGGCCUGAUCAAUUAGACUAAGUAAUAAUGGAAAUUGAAGAUGAUUUGAUAAGAGUUUAAGAAAGAAAUAAAAAAUAAUUAAAUAAGUAUGUUUGUUUAUAAACUCUUCUUAGUCUAGCAAAACAUUUAGAAGAAAUCAAUAAAUAUUUAUUAUAUUAAUACAGUGUGAAAUAAAUAGGACAAUUUGCUUUAAGAAUUUCUAGAAUUAGAGUUUAACAUCAAUAAUUUGAGUUAGAGAAUCUAGAAAAAAUAAUUAUUCAUUAUUAAGAUUAUCAAGUAGCAGAUUCAAUAGGAAAGGCCAUUUAUAAUUUAAAAAGUAAAAAAUCAUAUAGAAAAUAGCUAAUCUUGUGACUGUUACUUUCGAUUCAUAUUUAAGCAGAACUCCAAUAGAUUUAAAAAUAGAUUAAUUUUAAAAUUUCUAAAGACUUCGAGAAACACAAUUGGAGCUAAAUGUUUAAUAAUAGGAUAUUUAUAAAGAAUCAUAAACUAUAGUUUAAAUCCACACUGAAAUGUGUCAUAAUUGUAGAUAAAUGAUUGAAAUAACGAAUUUAUAAUAAUGUAAAUACAAUCAUAUAAAUAUGAAUUUACAUUAAUACAAUGAAGAAAUACUGAUCUAGUAGAGAUAUGCUAUUUCUUAAAAAUAAAUGCAUAAAUUUUAUAUAGAUCUAUAUUCUACUAAUUAUAUAAUAGAAAGUAAAUAAACUUUAUAAUUAUUAGAUAAUUAAAUUCAGUGUUAAAAAUAUUUUUGUUUUAAAUGCUUGAAAUAUGAAUUUGAAGAUUAUGAUAUAUAUUAACCUAAUUGGAUUUGUCCUUUAUGUAAAGUAUGUAAAAUAUUACUAUAUAAGGGAUUAUGUUUUUGUUUAAGAUGUUAACGAAACGAUUGUAUUUAUAAAUUAAAAAGAACAUAUUUAGAGAUUGGAGGAAACUUAGAUAAUUUGUAUUCAUAAUCGACAUUUGAGAUUCUAGUUGAAAAUAAAAGGAAAUUAAUUGAAAAUAUUCCAUUGGAUUUCGUUAACAUUUAAAAAUAUUAGUCAGAAAAUGAAGAGACACUUACUCCAAAAGGAUUAUGUUAGAAUAAGAAAAGAAUAAAUAAAAAGAUCAAAAAAAAGAAAGGUAGUGAAACUACAAUAGUUGGAAAAGCAUAGUUUUAAUUAAUGGAUACAUCUUCAUCAUCGAUAUAAAUCAAGAAAAAAAAAGAAUAUAAGCGACUCAUUCCUAAUGAAAGUACUAUAUUUGUAUAAUGAUUUAUAUUUAUCUUAAAAAGCU